CGGAAAUGGAACACUUGGAACAAAACAGAGGGACAAAUUGAGUAUUAGUAUGUACUGUACUUAUUCCGUGUACCUACAAAUAUUUCCGAAGACCCGCAAUAUCAGACACGUGGCUAUAAAGGCAUUGCAGCUGCCUCGGCUAACUGAGGCUGUAUAGCCAACGUUGGCUAACGCUGCUCGGUCUUUCACUCUAGCUGGUAGUGUGAAGUGGCUUGUUUACGGUAGCGCGCGGACGGGAGUUGACAGGUUCCAGUAUGACCUGCACUUUGGAAAAAGUGUUGGGCGAUGCCCGGACCCUUCUCGAGAGGCUGAAAGAGCACGACACGGCCGCCGAGGGACUGAUCGAGCAGUCCGGGGCCCUCAGCCAGAGAGUGCAGAGCAUGAAGGAGGUGGGGAAUGCCCUUCCAGACAAGCACACAGAAGACAAUUCAGAAAUUCAGGAGCUGACAAAAUACAAGCCCCAUGUCCUUCUGACGCAGGAAAACACUCAAAUCAAGGAUCUACAGCAGGAGAAUAAGGAACUGUGGUUAUCUCUUGAAGAGCACCAGUACGCGCUAGAGUUGAUCAUGGGACGGUACCGCAAGCAGAUGCUCCAGCUGAUGAUGGCGAAGAAGGAGCUGGACACCAAACCCGUGCUCCACCUUCACGAGAACCACGCCAAAGAGGUGCAGAGCCAGGUGGAGCGGAUAUGUGAGAUGGGCCAGGUGAUGAGAAGAGCAGUGCAUGUGGACGACCAGCACUACUGCUCUGUUGCAGAGAGACUCGCUCAGCUGGAGAUUGAGAACAAAGAGCUGCGAGACCUCCUGGUCAUCAGCAAGAGCUCUGUGAAGACAGCGAGAGAGGAAAGCAGCAGCCAGCCGGCACCAGCACGAGAACCGUGCCCUCAGCCGGGACCCUACGAGUGAUGAGAACAGCUUCAGUGUGAACUGUGGUCGGGGCAACAAGUCGUUCAGGACCAGGAGAUGGGAUUUAAUGAUCUCUUGAUGAUCUACUGCAUUUACCACAUUGUUAAAACAUUUUUUUUACAGAAGAUGAAAUCCAGUCAAAUCAAUUUUUAUUUCUUAUUGUAGCAAAGGCCACUUAAACACCCCAUUCUGGCUAUCCCAUGCAUUUACCUGCAGGUAUAUCUGGAUGAUAGCUAUUGCUUUCAUAUGUACAGUAGGUGUAUUAUCACUGCAGUUGUGUUUAUUCCACAUAAACCGUGACUUUUAAGGAGGUGAGGUGUCUCGGUUAUCACUGACAAGAAUUCAGUGGGAGCUAAGACACGCACGUACUGGAGUAGAGGAAGUAAAAAGCAAAGGGGAGUUAUUUUUGUUUGUGGCCAAAGACACAUUAAACUCUUCAAGGACACAGUUUCUACCUCUUUGGUGCCCCUUUGCUGUUGACACACACUCACAACAUGUAAAAUACUCAUAACCACCCCGACUAUGGGUUCACUUGAAGUCCAUUGAGAAGCCAACUUGUAGUCUGCACCAUUUGAAGAGGCCGUGCUCGAUAAUAACUCUGUCAACGAGAUGACUUUUGGCUGUUUCACACAGUUUGCCUGCUGAGGAGUGACAGUGGAUCAUUUCUACGUGAUUGUCUAUCAUUUAAUGAAUUUGAUACGUUUGUCAGUCUGUUUUGUAAAAUUCAUAUACACGGUGUCCCAGCUGAUGGCGCAACUUUAUUUAAUGGUAACACUUUCAAAACAUGCCAAGUUUUUGUGUAAAGAUGAUCAAAUGUUUGCGAGUUGUAUGUGUCAGAAAUUGUAUAUUGUCAUCUCAGGAAAUCGGUGUUAAUACGGUGAACAUGCUGUAAUGACCUCAUGACUCUGUACUGAUUUGUGUCAAACGGAAUUUCAUUCAGAAACUUUAAAAUACAUUUGCAAUAAAAAUGGGUGGAUGUGGAUUUUUUGUAUCUGCCUUAACCUAUACAUAUAGAAAGUAAAUACUGGAGCUGAAUUACUGUAUUUUGUUUUACCGGAAGAUGGCGACGUUAAGCCGCUUCGAUUUUAACGCAUCGCGAGGCUUGCAAGAGAGGCGUAAUGCUACGUUCAUGUAAACCGGUAUAAAGGAGCUUUUACCUUUUUAGGAGUGUUUUUUCCAACAUAUAUUUGCUCAACAGCAUUGAGCCGAUGAAAUCAGACUUUCUUUACCGCUGGUGGCAUAAACCCACUGCACUUUUUCACGUUCCUCUGCGUUCAAAUCGUAAGAAU